AUGAACAAUCGCUACGCAGUAAUUACCGGGGGCUCAUCCGGACUUGGAUUUGAGCUUGCCAAACUUUUUGCAGCUGAUGGUUACGACCUACUGAUAGGAGGGGUAAGCGACCGUGUGUUCGAAGCGGUAGAGCAACUGGAGCACUACGGGACAACAGUUGUUGGUGUCAAGGCUGAUUUGUCCACUGAAGAAGGUGUGGCAACUUUUCUGGCCAAGGCUAAUGAGAAGGGGCGGCCAAUAGACGAUGCGGUUCUCAACGCAGGCAUAUCACUUGGAGGUGGUUUUCUGGACAUUCCUCUGGAUAAACAGUUGAGCCUGUUGAAUCUUAAUGUUACAUCGCUCGUGAAGAUAGCCUACAACGUAAUUCCUGGCAUGGUCGAAAAAGGCUCUGGCAGGGUCCUAUUGAUGAGUUCUUUGUCAGCAACUACUCCUACUCCCUAUGAAUCGAUAUAUGGCCCUACAAAAGCAUUCAUAUCUUCCUUUGGACAUGGGCUGAGGGAAGAGCUUAUUGGCACGGGGGUCCAAAUUACGUUGUUCCACCCUGGAGCAACUGCAACAACGUUCCAUGCUAGAGCAGGUAUGAACUCCAACAUCUUCAGUGACAAUAGUUGGAAAAAUGACCCAGCCCUCGUCGCACAACAAGGGUAUCAAGGACUUCUACGCGGUCAGACCAGCGUGGUGGGCAGUGACGCUGCUACUCAUCGUGCUUGGAAUGAUAAUCAUAUUUUACCGGAAGAAGAGAAGGCGCGCAGAUUUGCAGAAGCCUCGAGACCUUCCAAUUGA